AUUCACUUAAGAGAGAGAACUCUGCGAACUUCUCCAUUGGCAAGUUCAAAACAUUUGAAACCAUUUGCAAAAGGACAAACACAUUUUUUUGCAAGUUUUGCCACAACUUUUAUUUUAGAACUUUAUAUUUUCUUGUCACCAUGGGCUUUUUGACUGCUCUUUUUGGUGUGACACUUGUUGCUUUGUGUCAAAUCUUUGGAAGUUACCAUGUAAAUGCGGGGAUGUGCUGGCUGCAGCAGAGCCAGGAGCAGCGCUGUGACAUGGUGCUGAUGCGUGGGGUCAGCAGGGAGGAAUGCUGCGCUGGGGGCCGUCUAGACACGGCCUGGUCCAACACCAGUCUGCCCAUCAAUGAGGUCAGCCUGCUGGGCUUCCUGGGAAUCGUGUCCUGCAAACUCUGCAAAGAGACCUGUGAUGGUGUGAAAUGCGGCCCAGGGAAGGUGUGUAAGAUGAUGGUUGGACGUCCUCAGUGUGUGUGUUCUCCUGACUGCACUAACAUCUCCAUAAAGCGUGCUGUGUGUGGGAGCGAUGGGAAGUCCUACCGUGAUGAGUGUGCUCUGCUGAUGGCCCGCUGUAAGGGCCACCCUGAUCUGGAGGUCAUGUACCAGGGAGAAUGCAAAAAGUCGUGCUCCAACGUGGUGUGCCCGGGUACCCACACCUGUGUGACGGACCAGACUAACAGUGCCCACUGUGUCAUGUGCCGCAUGACCCCCUGCCCAAUACCGCUGAAGUCCGAGGUGCCUAUCUGUGGCAAUGACAACAUCACCUACCCCAGCGCCUGCCACCUCCGCAGAGCCACCUGCUUUCUGGGGCGCUCCAUAGGAGUGCGUCACUAUGGCAACUGCUCUAGUGUUCCGAGGAACAGUCUGGAUUUGGAGGGCAGUGAGGAGAAUUCACUCUAGAGGGACAGUUCUGGUGUGGUCCACCUGGUACUACAGUCCACCUGGUAAGAAGAUUUCCAAGAGAUCACCUUCGAUAGGUUGUUGUCCCGCUGUUCACUCCCCAAGCUCUGAUUGAUGUUGACAUCUUUUUUACAAUCACCUAUCCCCUCCAUCUCUACCACCUGUACAUAGAAUGACGAUACAUUUGAUGUGGGAGAACCUGCUGGAAGAAACCAUUUUUAUUCCAAAAGGAAACCAAUACUGCAUUUGUUGAUGCAUGCAAUGUAUGUUAAAUGGGAUGAUUUGCUCGUGAAACUGUGGAAACAGAUGAAAGGCGUAUAUCUUAAAAAAUAAAUAUCUAGUCGACUUUGAGUAGAGGAAGAUAUGUGUAUAUUGUAAAUAAAUACCACUACUAUUUAUUGGAGAAGGUAUCAAAUCUGUUAUAUUUAUGUUUUUACUCUGUAUUCAAAUCCAUAUAUCCAUAGGUCAGCUUUUACAAAUAAAUGUAUUUAUUGUGUUUUGUUUUCAGAUGUACAUGUAUUUCAAUGGCCACUGACAUUCUUUUAUUUCAGAGAGUUGUUUUUAUUUUUGUGUUUUUUCAUAUCCCUAAAUGAAGUGCAUUAGUCCCCUAAAAGCAACAUGGCAAGCAACCUCAAUUUGUUUGGUUACUGUAUACCACAUUUAGUAUAUGUCAAUCAUGUGAAGUCAUGUAUGUCAAGUAUGUUUCAGUCUUUGUUUGGAGGUGAGGGAAGACUCAGCCAAAACAAAGUAUACAGCAUGUCUCCUCUUGCUCUGCCUACACAGAGUAUGAUACUGUUUACGCUGGAGCCCAAUCAAAACUCUGAGCCACACGCUGAUUGCUGAAAUUAAAAGUUUAGUUCUGUCUGCAGCAGUUUUAUUAGGCUGUUUGUUUGACACCACGCCUUUACAAUACCUCCUCUGUUGAAGUCUUGGCUUUGUUUAUUUCAUAUGUUUGUAGGUCAUACGAGUUUAAUAUAAUGCCAUUCGGGUUGUUGAAUACACCAUAACAGUGGAACUGAAAAAUCUGACAAAUAUUGUUAGCCUUAUCAAAUUGAAAACAGAAUCAAAUUUGUCUGGGAAUGCCAAAUGACCUCAAGUUAACUCACCGGAUCCCCAGACUUUGCAGCUGAAUAUAUCUGUUCAAUGUUGAAAUACUGUCAACCAUUUGAACCAAAUGGGCAGAUUAUUGUAAUGUGAAUGAAUAGUACUUCCCAUUUAUCUAGAUGAUUUAAUUGAUUUUGGGAUAAAAAAAUAAAAAAAUACAUACUGUUGUUGAACAAUUAAAAGUAGUUUAUUGUAAAUACAACUCCAUUUCAUGUACAUGUACCAGUGUACCUACUGUGAAAUUUAAAUGAUCAAUGUAUCUUCUUAUUUUUGUAUUUUUGUACUCUCAACAUAAACUAUACUAUUUGUCA